UGUCUAUAAAUAUUAUACCUACAUAAUUCUGUGGAUUACAUUAGGUAUUUUAUUCUACGCAGUUAUACAUUUCAUUACAAUCAGUUAUAAACAAAAAAAAUUUAAAUGAUAGAUGAGCACCCCCUCAUAAAAACGCCCCCUUCAAAAUAAAAAAUGCCCACGUUUGGAGUCACUGGGUUAGGUAUCUACCUAUCUUAAUAUUCAGAGCGAAUAGCUUAAAUUAGUURAAUUAUACUAUAUUAGUAUUACAUAAUAUAAUAAGUUAUGGAGGGGCUCAACAAAUUUAAUUUUAGAUUGUGGUCUGCCCACAUCAAACCCACACAUGCCUCAUUGGCAAUCUUAGCAUUGCCUCUUAUGACUUAUUGUACAUAAACAUAAUAUUUAAUGUAUACAUGUAGGUAGUUAUUAUUAUUUUUAGUGAAUUCUGUURUGUACUUGGAGAUAUAUUGUUAAAAAACAAUGUACCUACCUAGUUUUCUGGUAUYGUAAUAAUUUUAUUUGCACAUUUUUCAUGGACCAAGAAGAAGAAGAAACAUCUCAAACAACAACAUACAAUGUWGCAGCUUCCAAGAGUCACAUGUUGAGCAAUGCACAUGUGUCAAAUGGUCAUUCUUCUCAGCAGAAUCAAAAAUCAGUAAUUAUCGACUCACGUGUGCUCAAACAUUAUGGCCGAAGGAUGAAAUUGAACUGCAGGCAUGGGUAUAAUAUUUUAAUACUUCAGGACGGAAAAGUGUCUAGUUCUGAUGACGACAUAGACAGUCAUUGUGUGAUGGAAUUUACAUCAAUGUUUCCUGGUCAUGUCCGUAUUAGAGGAGUUGAAGCCAAUUUGUUUUUAGCUAUGAAUAAAGAUGGACUUCUUUAUGGAGAAGCCGAUCCUAACAACAGUUCAACAAUAUUCAUUGAACAACCAGAAGGUCCUUACAGUGCAUACCUAUCUUAUAAAUAUCAACGAAAAAAAUGGUAUGUGGCUAUAAAAAAAAAUGGUAAAAUAAAAUUAGGCCCAACAACUAAAAGAGGACAACAUGCUACACAUUUUUUAACAAUUGUUGUAUAGGUAAAAUUCAUCAUACAUUCUUUAAUUUUUAUUUAAAUACAAUUUCAAAAUUAUUGUCAAAUAAAAUAUAUCAAUAGGUACUUAAUAAUCCAAGGGUGGCCAAUUUGCGGCUCGUGUCUUAUUUAAAAAAACCCACCAUUUACUUAUUGUCAAUAAAAUACAAUAUCAUUAUAAAAAUAAUAAAAUGUAUUUUUUAACAUUUUGGCUCUUUAUAUCAUUUUAUUUGGUCCAUGUGGCUUGUAGGCGUAUAAAUGUUGGCCACCCCGGCUAUAGUCUAUACUCUAUAGUAAGCAUUAAAUCUAGUUUUUAUUUUUGAAAUUCAUGAAAUUUGUUUUAAAGUAAAA